GACGUCAUACACGUGCGACCGGCGCUACUAGUGCGUUGGCGGUGCUAACAUCAUUUUCUCUGCUAUUGGGUGAAUUUCUUUAUCUCAGGAUGCCUCUUCCUCCAGCUCUGCUGGCCCGCUUGGCCAAGAGGGGGAUCGUUAAACCAACAGAACGAGGUGCAGAUGAGGAGAUUAUUGCCGAAGAUUAUGAUGACAAUAAUGUAGAUUAUGAAGCCACCAGAGCAGAGAAUCUUCCUCCAAACUGGUACAAAGUGUUUGAUCCAGCUUGUGGUCUUCCUUACUACUGGAAUGUUGAGACGGAUCUAGUCGCCUGGCUGUCCCCAAAUGACCCCUCGUCUGUGAUAACAAAAGCUGCCAAGAAAAUGAAAGCUGAUUUGGGAGAUGAAAGAGGAGAGCGACCGUUUGAGAAGCCAGACAGAGAGAGAGAACGGGAAAGGGACAGAGACAGGGAUAGGGACCGGGAAAGAGAAAGAGAUCGGGACAGAGACAGGGACAGAGAUGAUGGGCGGGACAGAGACAGAAGAAAGCAAAGGAGGGACGACAUGGCACCAUACAACAAGAACAAAAGAGGAAGAAAGGAUGACGAGAUGGACCCCAUGGACCCCAGCGCUUAUUCUGAUGCUCCCAGGGGCUCUUGGUCGAGUGGUCUUCCCAAACGCAACGAGGCCAAAACCGGUGCAGACACCACAGCCGCCGGCCCGCUGUUCCAGCAGCGGCCGUACCCGAGUCCAGGCGCGGUGCUGCGGGCCAACGCUGCCAACCAACCGCCCAAGGAAUGAGAAGCGCUCCCACGGAGACGCUCUGCGUCCUGCGCACACCUCUUGUUGUUAGACGUGAUGUCGCAUGCUGACAUUUUAGAGAUCAAACUUGUUGUAAAUAUGUUUUAUAAUAAAAUGGAUUUCAUGUUGUUACUAGAA